GCUCAGCCAGCUGAAGCAAACCCAGUAGUAGCAGCAGCCCUAAGAAGAUGCCAGUCGAUACUACCAGCUCAAACGGGCCAUGCAGCUAUAGGAACCUACCUGCAAAAGAUUCAGGCACAGGAAACGGAGGCAAGCCAGGGAUGCCAGGCCUCAAAAGAGUCAGUCUACCAUCCCCUCUUUGAAUGUAGGCAGUGGCGGAGGCAGCGAGAGACCUUAUAUCAAGGUCUCACUAAGACUGGGAUUGCCAGACCAACAAUGGCAGAGGAGUAUCCAGAAGGAAGGCUGUUUGGCAACCCUAAAGCCUCACGAGCCCUGCUGCAGUUCCUAGCAGAUACUGCCAUGGGCCACCCCCGGGGGGACCAUGCACGGGCAGUAGAUAGGGAUCAUAGGGAUGAUGAAUGGGCGCUGGAGGCCCUGGAGGAGGCAGAACGAGAGGGGGAGGGAUAA